AUGGUAAUGGCCCUCGCAUGGGUUCUCACCUCUGUCGGCGUCCUGGUCGCCACCGUCCUGGUUAUCUGGAGGUGGACGAGGCGGGGACUGAACCUCCCGCCAGGUCCCCGGCGGUGGCCGGUGGUGGGGAAUCUCCUCCAGCUGAGUUCCCUCCCCCACAAGGACCUCGCCGCCUAUAGCGCAGCCUACGGCCCGCUGGUCUACCUCCGCUUAGGCGGCGUCGACGCCAUCACCACCGACGACCCGGAGGUCAUCCGCGAGAUCCUCCUCAGGCAGGACGACGCAUUCGCCUCUCGGCCGAGGACCCUCGCCGCCGUCCACCUGGCCUACGGCUGCGGCGACGUGGCGCUGGCGCCGUUGGGCCCGAAGUGGAAGAGGAUGCGGCGGAUCUGCAUGGAGCACCUGCUGACCACUCGACGGCUGGACGCCUUCGCCGGCCACCGGGCGGCGGAGGCACGGCACCUGGUGGCGGAGGUGCGGCGGAGGGCGGCGGCGGGGGAGGCGGUGAACCUGAGAGAGGUGCUGGCGGCGUUCUCGAUGAACAACGUGACGAGGAUGCUACUGGGGAAGCAGCUCUUCGGGGGGGAGUCGGUGGGCGCGGAGGAGGAGGCGCUGGAGUUCAUGGAGAUCACCCACGAGAUGUUCCGGCUGCUGGGGAUGAUCUACCUCGGCGACUACCUGCCGGCUUGGAGGUGGGUCGACCCCUUCGGCUGCGAGAGGAAGAUGAGGGAGGUGGAGAGGAGGAUCGACGACUUCCACUCUAGGAUCAUCGACCAGCACAAGAAGAAGGCCAGAGAGAUGAGCCUGCAAGGAGCAGCGCCCUCCUGUGGGGAGAUGGAUUUUGUCGACGUUCUGCUCUCUCUUCCCGGCGAGGACGGGAAGGACCAUCUCGACGACGUCGAGAUCAAAGCCUUGAUUCAGGUCUGUGCUAGGGUUUCUCUUCUUCUUCUUCGACGAUCUCGACGACGCUCUCUCUUCUUCUUCUACUACUAGGGUUUCUUUUACUUCUUCAAGUGUUUCUUCUUCUUCUAGGGUCUUUUCUUCUUCUCCUUCUGAACAAGGAUUGAACUGAAAAUGGUGGAAGCAGGACAUGAUAGCGGCGGCCACGGACACAUCCUCGGUGACGAACGAGUGGGCGAUGGCAGAGGUCAUCCGCAACCCCCGGGUCCUCCGGAAGGUGCAGGAGGAGCUCGAUGCCGUCGUGGGGAGGGGCAGGCCAGUGGCGGAAACCGACCUCGCCGGCCUGAGCUACCUCCGCUGCGUCGUCCGCGAGACCUUCCGCAUGCACCCUGCGGGGCCCUUCCUCAUUCCCCACGAGUCCACCCGCCCCACGAAGCUCCUCAACUACGACGUCCCCGCCGGAACGAGGGUCUUCAUCAACACCUACGCCCUCGGCAGGAACCCUCGCCUCUGGGAGGACGUCGACGAGUUCCUGCCGGAGCGCCACCUCCCCACCGCGGCGGAUGGCGGCCGCGUGGAAAUCAGCCACGGACCCGACUUCAAGAUACUUCCCUUCAGCGCCGGCAAGCGCAAGUGCCCCGGAGCGCCGCUGGGGGUGGUCUUCGUCCUCAUGGCGCUGGCCACCCUCUUCCAGUGCUUCGACUGGUUCCCCCCCGAGGGGCUUCUCCCGGAGGACAUCGACACGACGGAGGUCUACGGGAUGACGAUGCCCAAGGCUAAGCCGCUGCUGGCCGUUGCCCGCGCUCGUGUAUUCUUCGAUGUCAAUCAAUAA